GCAUUUUCUAGCUGUUUCUUUGAGUAUCACCCUGAGGACAAAAUGAAGAACCUAAUAAUCAUUGGUGCUCUCCUGGGACUCUGCCUGACUCAGGCCCUGGCGGACGAUUCCGUCAGUGAAAACAACCAAGGAAACGAUGGUGGAAACAGCCACCAGAACGUGAACAUCAACAACCAAGACCACAUUGCCAAUAUCAACAGCUACAAUGGUUGGAAGGGUUGGGCUGCAGUCUGGGAUUACAGCAAGGAACUUUUUGCCACCAGGCUGUUCAACAAGAGGGCUUGCAUUGUUGCAAAGAUGAAUAAAGAUGCAUUCCCAAGUCUGGAGAAACUCAGCAAGUUCAAGGACCAGAAGCCAGCCAAGGGUACGCCACCACCACCUUUCUUGAGAUUCUCGAUCACCAAGACGCGCGUCAGGAAUGUUGCCCAGUUCGGAAGGUCCAUUGGCAAUCUCUGUAAAGGAGUCCCUACGUACUACGCACAACAGGAUCAGGGAGGAGCCCUGUUGUUUGAGUCUCAAGGCUGUGCUGAUGCUGGAAUCCUGGGCCUGUUUGGCAUUUACCUGUGUGGCAACAUCUCAGGUUGCUAAGCUUAGCUGUUGGUCAUCAUUCAGGAGCCUCAUUGCAUUGGGUUUUUUAUUCUCUGUUCACGUUAUCCGUCUCCUUAGUUCUAUUUUUAGAAAUAUACCAUUUCAUACUUUCCAUUGUUUGAUUUCAAGU